UUUAUCAGUUGCUUCAAACCAUUUUCCUUUCUAAAUUUCCCCAAAAAAGAAAAAAAAUAAAAAUUUCCUAGGAGGACUUUUACCCGAGAAGUGGAUCUGCAGGUUGAUUCGGGGGAGGAACUCAAUCCUACAGGAAUGAAUUCAUGCACCUGGGGGAGCGUAUCCUACAGUACAGAACCAGGUUGGAAAUCAUCUGGUAAUGGAAGUAUCUCCAUGAAAACCUCUUCUUCCUCUUUUUGGAGGAAGAGAGGGAAUGGGAGGUGCAUCGAAAAACUUGAUCGCUCUCGCUGAAUGAUUCCAUGGCUGACUUCUAAAUCUAAAAAAGCCCUAAUUUUCACAAGAGAAGGCGGAGAUGGGAGAUCACAGCACUCUUAUCUGCAACAAAAACCCUAUAAUUCCACGCCUUACAAAGGAGGGUGAGGAAGGGGAGGAAUAGGAGGAGGAUCAAUGGCUCCUUAAAAUCCCAAUUUUUGGAAGGAGAAGGUGGAAAUGGGAGAUUCACAGCUUGAGAUUUUAUCCCCCAUCGCCACAGCCACUUCUGCUAGGGAUUUCAAUGGCAGUAGCGGAAUCAACAAUAUGAAUGGCAAUAUAAACAAUUGUAGUACUAAGGGUGGGAAGAAGAAGGGAGGGGGAGCAAGGCUAUGGAUGACUCUGGACGGGAAUGGCAGGUCAGAGGUGGUGGAAUGGGAUAAGAGCGCCAUCAUGAAGCGCGUUUCUAUACCUGCUCGCGAUCUUCGAAUUCUCGGCCCUGUGUUCUCUCAGUCCUCUAACAUCCUAGCCAGAGGGAAGGCCAUGGUUGUCAAUCUAGAAUUCAUAAAGGCUAUAGUUACCGCUGAGGAAGUGCUGCUUUUGGACCCUUUGUGCCAAGAAGUUCUUCCUUUUGUGGAUCAACUGAGGCAACAAUUUCCUCUUAAAAGCCCAUAUAGGAUCCAAGAGUGUGGCGACGAUAAAAAUAUCCCCUUAACAACUGUUGGGGAAUGGUUGCCUGUUCCUGAGGCUGCUGAAGGUCUACAAUGUGAACUUCCCUUUGAGUUCCAAGUCUUGGAGAUUGCGUUAGAGGUUGUUUGUACCUAUUUGGAUUCUAGUGUGGCUGAUCUUCAGAAGGAAGCAUAUCCUGUGUUGGAUGAACUAGCUAGAAAUGUCAGCACUAAAAAUCUGGAGCGUGUUCGUAGUCUAAAAAGCAAUCUUACUCGUCUUCUUGCACGUAUACAGAAGGUUAGGGAUGAAUUGGAGCACCUUCUUGAUGACAAUGAAGAUAUGGCCCAACUGUACUUAACUAGAAAGCAUUUUCAGAACCAGCAAUUAGAAUCUACUGCUGCAGUAGUAGGUUCAUGUAGCCUCACCAUGACGCUAAGCCUGCCUAGGCUUGGUGAGAACCUUCAUAGUACUGCAACUCUUGUCACUAGUGCUCAUUCUGAUGACAAUGAUGUGGAAGAUUUGGAGAUGUUGCUUGAGGCAUAUUUCAUGCAGCUUGAAGGGACCCGUAACAAAAUUCUCUCUGUGCGGGAAUACAUUGACAACACAGAGGACUAUGUCAACAUCCAACUUGACAAUCAACGAAACGAACUCAUCCAAUUUCAGCUAAUAUUGACCAUCGCUUCCUUUGCCGUUGCUAUAGACACUGUGAUUGCAGGUUUCUUCGGGAUGAAUAUCCCCUGCAAACUGUACCAUGUUCAAGGUCUCUUUGUCCCCUUUGUGGGAGGCACUUCCUCAGCAUGUGUAUUGCUCUUCUUAUUCAUGCUAGGAUAUGCCAAAUCAAAAAAGCUGCUCAGUUCAUAAUCAGUUCAUGUAUUUUUUUUUUAGAUAUAUAUAUAUAUAUAUAUAUAUAUAUAUAGAGAGAGAGAGAGAGAGAGAGCGAGAGAGAGCGAGAGAGAGUCACAUGAUAACAGACACUGAUUGUAUGAUUUCUUUGGAUCAAGUUCUUGUCAAUUUACCACUCUGUAAUAAUACCUGAACCAGUGGUGUUUAAAUGUCAGAGUAUUCAGUUGGCCUUCAAGAGUGGCCUGAUGGUCUUGUCUUUAAUGUAAAAGUGGGUUUAAUACCCUUUUUUGAAUGCUCCAUUUGAAGUGCUGUUUAUCUCUCGUCUUUUCUUUGAAUGCUUCAUCUCAAGAGCU